CAGGAAACUGGAAAAAAGAGCAAAAGACAUAAUGGAUGCUCAAAUAGUAAAAGUGGUGAUAUCACUGGAUGCUAAAGAAGUGGACUCACUCAAAGAAGGAGUGAAUUUUAAAAAGAACCCAGAGGAUGGAUACUGCUACAUCAUAUACAAGAACAAUGGUGGCUUUAAAGCAUGUAAGAAUCAGUGCAAACAUCAGGGAGGGCUAUUCGUCAAAGACAUUGAAGACCUGGACGGCAGGACUGUCAAAUGCACCAAACACAACUGGAAGCUAAACGUGUCCACGAUGAAAUAUGUAAACCCACCUGACAGUUUCUUGCAGGAUGAGCUUGAAAUCGAAACCCUGGAGGAUGGGGGCCUUCGGCUGCUGGAGCUGAACCCAGUUGACCCCUGGCUGACUGAUCCUAGAGAGCCUCUGGAGCUUCAUGAAGGAGAAGUGAAAAUAACAUACCUCACCCAUGCCUGCAUGGAGCUGCAGCUUGGACAGAAACGGUUCCUGUUUGACCCUUGGCUGAAGGGUCCUGCUUUUGCCAGAGGCUGGUGGCUUCUCCAUGAGCCUCCAGCAGAUUGCCUGGAUAGACUCUGUACAGCAGACCUCAUCUACAUCAGCCAUAUGCAUUCUGACCACCUCAGUUAUCCUACUUUGAAGGUCUUGUCAGAGAGGAGGCCAAACGUCCCUAUUUAUGUUGGUGCGACCUCCAGACCCGUCUUUUGGUAUUUGGAGCAAAGUCAAGUCAAACUGACCAAUAUUAAUGUCACUCCUUUUGGUGUUUGGCAAAAUGUUGACGAGAACUUGAGAUUCAUGAUUCUGAUGGAUGGUGUCCAUCCUGAAAUGGACACCUGCAUCAUUGUCGACUAUAAGGGUCACAUGAUCCUGAACACUGUGGACUGCACCAGGCCUAAUGGGGGCAAACUACCACAGAAUGUGGACUUGAUGAUGAGUGAUUUUGCUGGGGGGGCAUCUGGAUUCCCCAUGGCCUUUUAUGGGGGGAAAUACACUGAUUCCUGGAAAGCAGAGUUCAUCAAAAACGAAAGGAAAAAGUUACUGAACUACAAAGCUCUGCUGGUCAAAUCCCUGCAGCCCAGGAUCUACUGCCCAUUUGCUGGCUAUUUUGUGGAGGCUCAUCCAUCAGACAAGUACAUUAAGGAUACAAAUGUUAAAAACAGUGCAGAGGACCUCAAUGCCCUGAUCAGUAAGCUUGCACCAGAAGUCAAGACAUGGACACCCAAGCCUGGUGCAGUGCUGGACCUCGGCCUCGCUCUGAAGGAUUCCACUAACAGCGAGUCCAUCACUGAUCCUCCAGCCAAAGCAAAACUCUACAAGGACAACUGGGAGUUUGACCUAUAUGUGGACGAACUGAACGGUGCCAUAAGCAGUGAGAUAUUCAGACAUCAAAGCUGGAUCCAGUUUUAUUACAACUGGGCAGGCUUUAAAAACUACAACCUUGUGGUGCGGGUCAUUGAAACAGACGACAACUUUGAGCCACUCAGUGGAGGCUACAACUAUCUAGUGGACUUUCUGGAUCUGUCGUUCCCCACCACAAGACCUGACAGAGAGCACUACUACGUGGAGAUUAAGAACAGGGUGGGGGUGAUGAGGUACGUGGUGCUGCACGGCUGCCUCUGGGAUGACCUCUACAUCGGCUUCCAGAACCGCAUCAGUCGAGAUCCAGACAUCUACCACCACAAGUUUUGGAACCACUUCCAGACACAGCUACCCAUUCAAAGUCCAGACUGGGACCAGUUUCUGCAGCAGGUGCCUCCCAUCCAGGAAACAAACAUGAAACAGGGAGUGCUGAGCUACUGUGCACUGUUUUAAAUUAG